GAACUGACUCUUGCUGCUGUCUCUGGCAUGAACUGAAUGUGGCCUGGUACCGACUGCGUCUGCUGACGGCGCCCUGCGGGACCAACUUGCUGGUCGCAGGCACAACGGACGCCAGCGCGGCCACCAAGGAGAAGAAGGGAUACGCGCCGGGGCAGACCAAGUGGACGGUGGCAGGUGGCAGUGCCGGCAGCGGCGAUUUCGCUGCCAGGAUGAAGGCCGCAAACAGGGACACGAGCGACCCCCUUGAGGUGCAGCGCGCUAAAGGUGGCAGUGCCGGCAGCGGCGAUUUCGCUGCCAGGAUGAAGGCGGCAAACAGGGACACGAGCGACCCCCUUGAGGUGCAGCGCGCCAGAGGGGAGGCCAGUGCCGCCGCCCGUGGACACUCCAGCGUCCGGAAGUUCAUGCCGGACAUCCAUGAUUGGUUCAUGGAGAACUGGCGUGAUGAGAAGAAGCGGGGGAAGUGGGAGGCGGUGGUGGCUGCUCUUCCUCAGCUGAAGGACGCCAACGUGGACUCCCUCCGCACUGUCUAUCGCCGGUGGAAGCGGGAACAGGAGAAGAAGGAGAAGGAGGAGAAGAAGGAGGAGCAGUAGGAGGAGGACUAGGGCUCUUGGUCUACCUCAUAGCCUACGGCCCGCUGGUCUUGUGGUUCGAAAUGCGCCAGUUUGUGCAGGCGGAUUUGUGAUGAGCGGAUGAAUGCGGAUGGAUGAAUGCGGAGAAUGCGGAUGAGAAUGCGGAUGAGAAUGGAUGCAUAAUCAUAGCAGGGUUUGGACAAUGGACAAUGGAUGCUGGAGGUUGGAGCUUGGUGCUGUAACGGGAGGUGUCC